CAGAAGGAGGCGGAGAAGACUGCAAGCGGCAGAGAGAGGCAGUCAUAUCACGAGAGCGAACCUUCCCUGGAGAAUCAGGGAGCUCUUCCACACAAGAAACCGUGUUUAGAAAGGCUGUACAAUGUCCGACUUUGACAGCAACCCGUUUGCAGACCCGGACUUCAGCAAUCCCUUUCAGGAUCCUUCAGUGACGCAGGUGACCCAGUCUGCCCCUCCUGGUGGUCUGGAGGAGUAUAACCCCUUCACAGACGCCAGAACGGCGGCCCCAGGAAAUGCUCCCAAAUCUACUCCCGCCCCUUCCCAGAACACACAACCAGCCAUCAUGAAGCCCACAGAAGAGCCGCCGGCGUACUCACAGCAACAGACUCAGGACCAAGCGCGUGCCCAGGCUGAGUUAUUGAGAAGGCAGGAGGAGCUGGAGAAGAAAGCAGCAGAGCUCGAUCGUCGGGAGAGAGAGUUACAGUCCCACGGAGCUGCGGGAGGGCGUAAGAACAACUGGCCUCCACUUCCAGAGAAGUUCCCUGUUGGUCCAUGUUUCUACCAUGAUAUUGCAGUGGACAUUCCCGUAGAGUUCCAAAAGACAGUCAAGAUCAUGUACAACCUGUGGAUGUUUCAUGCAGGCACGCUGUUCGUGAACAUGUUUGGCUGCCUGGCCUGGUUCUGUGUGGAUGCAUCUCGUGGUGUAGAUUUUGGCCUGGCCAUGCUAUGGUUUCUGCUGUUCACCCCCUGUUCUUUCGUCUGCUGGUACAGACCGCUUUAUGGGGCUUUCAGGAGUGAUAGUUCAUUCCGCUUCUUUGUCUUCUUCUUCGUCUAUAUCUGUCAGUUUGGAGUUCACGUCCUACAAACUAUUGGCAUCACUGGCUGGGGAACAUGCGGGUGGAUCGCAGCUUUAACUGGUCUGAACACCAGUAUCCCAGUGGGCAUCAUCAUGUUACUGAUUGCAGCUCUGUUCACUGCACUAUCUGUGGGCUCGCUCAUUAUGUUUAAAAAGGUGCACGCACUGUAUCGUACCACUGGUGCUAGCUUUGAGAAGGCUCAGCAGGAGUUUGCAACUGGGGUCAUGUCCAACAAGACCGUUCAGACUGCAGCCGCCAACGCUGCAGCCAACGCUGCAUCCAAUGCUGCUCGUGGGGCCUUCAAACCUCAGCCAUAAACUGACACACACGAACAUGCACACAUGCUCACACAUACAAACACACAGACACAAACACACACACACACACACACACACCCAGGCAUAUACACACAAAAGUUUGGGGGUGCACAACUCUGGCCCUGCAGGCUCUCAAAUCAAAUUGAUUCUUUUUAUGAAUGUUGUUAUGCUAAGAUUGCCCUGCUCACUUUGCUUAAAAUGUGCAAAGAGUCAGAGACCAGAAAUAACAGAGAAACCAGUCAGAUAAAGUGACCAGAGUUGUCUACCUUCACUUAAAAUCAAGUUUCAGUAAAAACACUCGUACAUCCUUCCUGUCUGCUCUUCAGUCAGACGACUGUCUGCUCACACCCUGAAAUAUCCACUAAGUGACUCAAGGUGUGCUCUGAGUGUGUGGGAUUUUAUCUCACUCCUUCGCUUUCCCUGCUCUUCUGUCACCUUGAGGUGAUCCUAGGUCAGCCAGAGGUCGCAGAUCUAGCAUACCUUAUUUUUGUCAUGGUGAUGACCUCCAAACAGCUUCCUGCCUGGUUAAUACAGUAUAGAGUCAUGAAAAGUGAUAAUAUGAUCAUGGUGUUUUGCACAUAGUUCUGUUUUCUUGGUCACAUACCGAAAGUACAGUGUGUGUUUGAAUGGCUGGGCCUGUGUGUGAAUGUGUACUUUAGAAA